AAAAAUCUCAACUUUAUAAUAGAUCUCAAGCUUUCUCAGAUACCCUUCUUGCUCUUUGAAAGAUUCACUCAAUUUCCCGAGACAAGAUAGUCACAGAAAACGAGGCCGGAGAGAGUACAACCCGUCACGGUCUUGUCUGCAUCGGGCUCUGCAACUUGUUUUCAGUAAAAAAGAUUCAAACCUUUGUCUCUCCUCUAGAUCUUCUCAAUGGCAGGAACAAAGAAACCAAGAAGAGGACGAAGAAGAAUACAACUAAGCAAGCUAUACACACUAACAUGCACUCAAGCAUGUUUUAAGCAAGAUCAUUCUCGAAUAGGAGGACCUGGUUACUCUCGUGUAGUCUUUUGCAACGAACCUGAUUCGCCUGAAGCUGAUUCAAGUAACUACAGUGACAACUACGUGAGAACCACUAAGUACACUUUCACUACUUUCUUACCAAAGUCACUAUUCGAACAGUUUAGGAGAGUCGCCAACUUCUACUUCUUGGUCACUGGGAUCUUGUCUUUCACUCCUCUUGCUCCUUAUACCGCUUCAAGUGCCAUUGUUCCUCUCCUUUUCGUCAUCGGGGCUACUAUGGUUAAAGAAGCUGUUGAAGAUUGGCGUCGCAAGAAACAGGAUAUUGAGGUGAAUAAUAGGAGAGUGAAAGUGCAUAAAGGAGAUGGUAACUUUGAUUCUAAGGAGUGGAAGACUUUAAGUGUUGGAGAUAUAGUUAAAAUAGAGAAGAAUGAGUUCUUCCCUGCAGAUCUUGUUCUGCUCUCCUCUAGCUAUGAAGAUGCUAUAUGCUAUGUAGAGACCAUGAACCUAGACGGUGAGACCAAUCUGAAAGUUAAACAAGGACUUGAAGUAACUUCAUCCUUGAGGGAAGACUAUAACUUCAAGGGCUUUGAGGCAUUUGUCAAAUGUGAGGAUCCAAACGCUAACUUGUAUUCCUUUGUUGGAACCAUGGAGCUUAAAGGAGCCAAGUACCCUCUCUCACCUCAACAGCUUCUUCUCAGAGACUCAAAACUCAGGAACACUGAUUUCAUCUUUGGCGCGGUUAUCUUCACUGGUCGUGACACGAAGGUUAUUCAGAACUCAACAGAUCAUCCUUCUAAAAGAAGCAUGAUUGAGAAAAAGAUGGAUAAGAUCAUCUACCUCAUGUUCUUCAUGGUGGUGCUGAUGUCAUUCAUUGGUUCUGUUGUAUUUGGAGUUACAACAAGAGAUGAUUUCAAGGAUGGUGUGAUGAGAAGAUGGUACUUGAAACCAGAUAGCUCAAGCAUCUUCUUUGACCCCAGGAGAGCUCACGUUGCAGCCAUCUAUCACUUUCUAACUGCAGCUAUGCUAUACAGUUACUUCAUCCCAAUAUCUUUGUAUGUCUCUAUAGAGAUUGUUAAAGUCCUUCAGAGCAUCUUCAUCAAUCAGGACAUUUACAUGUACUACGAGGAAGCUGACAAGCCAGCUCGUGCAAGGACCUCUAACCUGAAUGAAGAACUUGGUCAAGUGGAUACAAUUCUCUCAGACAAGACAGGGACAUUGACUUGUAACUCCAUGGAGUUCAUCAAGUGUUCUGUUGCAGGGACAGCUUAUGGACGUGGUGUCACAGAGGUUGAGAUGGCUAUGGGAAGAAGAAACGGUUCUCCUUUGGUGUUUGAGAGCAAUGAGAAUGAUGUGGACUACAGUAAGGAAGCAUUUUUUGAAUCAACAGUGAAAGGAUUCAAUUUUAGAGAUGAAAGGAUAAUGAAUGGGAACUGGGUCACUGAACCUCAUGCUGAUGUUAUUCAGAAGUUUUUCAGAUUACUUGCGGUGUGUCAUACAGUGAUACCUGAAGUAGAUGAAGAGACAGAGAAGAUCUCUUAUGAAGCUGAGUCUCCUGAUGAAGCAGCAUUUGUUAUUGCAGCAAGGGAGCUUGGGUUUGAGUUUUAUAACAGAACUCAAACUACCAUAUCUGUAAGAGAGCUUGAUCUUGUGACUGGCAAACGAGUUGCGAGGUUGUACAAAGUCCUGAACGUUCUUGAGUUCAACAGCACGAGGAAAAGAAUGUCAGUGAUAGUGGAGGAUGAAGAUGGGAAGCUCUUACUACUUUGUAAAGGAGCAGACAAUGUUAUGUUUGAAAGACUUUCCAAGAAGGGUAGAGAGUUUGAAGAGGAAACAAGGGACCAUGUGAACGAGUAUGCUGAUGCAGGGCUGAGAACUUUGAUACUUGCAUACCGCGAACUUGAAGAGAAAGAGUACAAACUAUUCAAUGAGAGGAUCAGUGAAGCCAAGAGUUUGGUUAGUGCUGAAAGAGAAUCACUAAUAGAGGAAGUCACAGAGAAGAUUGAGAAAGAUCUGAUUCUUCUUGGAGCUACUGCUGUUGAAGAUAAACUCCAAAAUGGAGUGCCUGACUGCAUUGACAAGCUAGCUCAAGCAGGAAUCAAGAUUUGGGUUUUGACUGGUGAUAAAAUGGAGACUGCUAUCAAUAUUGGCUUCGCUUGUAGUUUGCUCAGGCAAGACAUGAAACAGAUCAUAAUUAACUUGGAGACUCCUGAAAUCCAUUCAGUGGAGAAAACCGGAGAGAAAGAUGCUAUUGCAAAGGCAUCAAAAGAAAGUGUAUUGUUGCAGAUAAUCAAUGGAAAGUCUCAGUUAAAUUAUUCUGGUGGAAACUCUAAAGCUUUUGCUUUAAUCAUUGAUGGAAAAUCACUGGCUUAUGCGUUGGAUGAUGAUGUCAAGCACAUCUUUUUAGAGCUAGCCGUUGGUUGUGCUUCUGUCAUUUGUUGCCGUUCAUCACCAAAACAGAAAGCUCUGGUGACAAGACUAGUAAAAUCCGGAAAUGGUAAAACAACAUUAGCCAUUGGUGACGGCGCAAAUGAUGUUGGAAUGCUUCAAGAAGCAGAUAUAGGUGUUGGGAUUAGCGGUGUGGAAGGCAUGCAGGCUGUGAUGUCAAGUGACAUUGCCAUUGCUCAGUUUAGAUAUCUAGAACGUUUGUUACUAGUUCAUGGACACUGGUGUUACAGGCGUAUCUCAACAAUGGUUUGCUACUUCUUCUACAAGAACAUUACAUUUGGUUUCACUCUCUUCUUAUAUGAAGCAUACACAACAUUCUCAGCAACACCUGCUUACAACGACUGGUUCCUAUCUCUUUACAAUGUUUUCUUCUCGUCUUUUCCGGUUAUGGCUCUUGGUGUGUUCGACCAAGAUGUAUCUGCACGGUUUUGUCUCAAGUCUCAAGCUUUCAACCACAAAGGAAAGACAUCAGGAAGAGAGAUCUUAGGUGGGACAAUGUACACAUGUAUCGUUUGGGUUGUGAACUUGCAGAUGGCAUUAGCUAUCAGUUACUUCACUCUGAUCCAGCACAUUGUCAUUUGGGGCUCUAUCAUCGUUUGGUACCUUUUCAUCACAGUGUACGGAGAGUUUCCAGCAAUCAUUUCAACCGGUGCGUAUAGAGUCUUUAUUGAAGCUCUGGCGCCAUCACUUUCUUACUGGGUCAUCACUCUCUUUGUGGUUGUGUCUACUUUGAUGCCAUACUUCAUCUACUCUGCGAUUCAGAUGAGGUUUUUCCCAAUGUACCAUGGUAUGAUACAGUGGUUAAGGUACGAGGGUCAGUGUAAUGACCCUGAGUACUGUGAUAUUGUGAGGCAACGAUCGAUAAGGCCUACAACUGUUGGUUUCACCGCAAGGUUAGAAGCUAAAAAGAGAUCAGUGAGGAGAUCUAACUCUGCAUGA